GCCAGUGGAGGAGGGGAGCGUCAGUGAAAAGCACAGAGUGAGGGAAAAGUUUAUCUGAGGCCCACUCUCUAGCAAGACUAGGAUACACAGAGCACCAGAACCCACCAAUUACAGCUGGGACAGUUUUAUUGAGGAGAAACAGAGAACAAGAUGCCCAGCUUGGAGCAGCGGAAGGUGCGUUCACGUGACGCAGCGCGCAGUAGGAGGAGCCAGGAGACUGAGGUGUUUUACGAACUGGCCCACUCACUACCCCUUCCACGACGUAUCGCCUCCCACCUGGAUAAAGCUGCCAUCAUGAGGGUGACACUCAGCUAUCUGCGCAUGAACCGUUUGAUCCAAUCAGCAGGGCCAACCAAAACACAGACUGAAGAAACUGAGAAUCCCACUGAUGCCUUUUAUCAGCAGGCACUGGCAGGCUUUAUUCUGGUGAUGACUGAGGAGGGGGACUUGGUCUUCCUCUCAGAGAGUGUCAGCAAAUACAUCGGCAUGACACAGCUGGAGCUGCUUGGACAGAGCGUGUAUGAAUUUGUUCAUCCCUGUGACCAAGAAGAAUUGCGAGACAUUCUCACCACAAGACCUGGUGUUUCAAAGAAAAAGACAGAGAAGUUGACUGAGCAUAAUUUUUUCCUUCGGAUUAAGAGCACACUCACCCACACAGGAAGAACAGUUAAUAUCAAGUCUGCAAACUGGAAGGUCCUUCAUUGCACAGGACACAUGCAGACGUUCAGUGGCGAUGAUGAGAACUCGCCCCCUGCUGGCAGCUUCCUGACUUUGCUGUGCGAACCCAUUCCUCACCCCUCCAGCGUUGAAUUCCCACUAGACAGCCGCACUUUCCUCACACGCCAUAACAUGGACCUGACUUUCACACAAUGUGACGGACGAGUCACUGAGCUUGUUGGAUACCAACCCGAUGAUCUGAUUGGCCGGUCUGCCUAUGAGUUUUAUCAUGCCCUUGAUUUUGAUCAUGUAACCAGGAGUUUACACAUCUUGUUCUCCAAGGGCCAGGUGUGCACCAGCCAUUACCGCUUCCUGGCUAAGAAUGGAGGAUUUGUCUGGACUGAGACUCAAGCCACUGUCCUCUACAACAGCAGGACCUCUCAACCCGAGGCUGUGGUCUGCCUCAACUUUAUCCUCAGUGGUGUGGAAGAGGCAGAUGUUGUGUUCUCACUGGAACAGACCUGUGAGAAGCCAGAGCCCAGAGCUGAGAAGCUGAGCGUGCUGGAGGAGGAGGAGGAGGAGAAGAAGGACUCAAACAUGGAGGUGGAGAGCGACACUGCAGCGCUCUUCCUCCAGAUGAAGGACAACCCAGAAGAGUUACUGCAGCUGGCACCUCAUUCUGGAGACACGAUCAUUUCUCUAAAAGAUUGUGUGGAGUUGUCCUUCUGCUCUCCACCUAGUCCCAACACUCUCCCAGAAAGCCCUCAGGACCUCUGUACGCCUGAACUCCGCCAGCUCCUUUCUCCAAUAUUCGACAGGCCCACCAAUUCUCCACCCGCUGCGAGCCCCGCUGAAGAGAUGCCCAUGGAGAUGGAAGGGGUGGAGAAGUUCUUCGCCCUCAAACCCGAGGAGAGCAUAACUCUGAAAGAACAGUCCGAGGCUAUAGGUGAGCUUGAUUUGGACAUGUUAGCUCCAUAUAUCUCCAUGGACGAUGACUUCCAGUUGAGCUUCCUGCCCCAGAGUGAAAUGGCUGCACCUUUAGAUAUGCUGACCAACACUUCAAGGAAACGAUGUUUGGAAGAUGAGGAGGAAGAUGACAUUCCCAUUCUGGCUGCCAAAUGGGAGAAGAAACCUAAGAGCGGCUCCAUAGAGGAACAGCUUCUGCUCAGGCACACAUUACUGAAAACCUUGUCUGAUGAUGGUUCGGAAGAAUUUGAAGCGCCACCUCAAAAGCGAAGUCAACUCUUGACCGACAGGGACCCGUUGCUGGGUGGAGCACAGGCAUUGUGUGAUGAGGCAGCUCUCAUGAGGGACAGCUUCCUGUCACGCCCGCCUGACUUAAUGAGGCACAUUGCUGCAGCAAUGCCCUCCCUUACUUGAAUACAAUGUGGACGAGUCAUCAGCAAUUACAUGACAAUUAUCAAAGCAAUCUGACCGUCAUUAAAGAGGGCUACGAAAACCCCUUCUCAAGCUCCACAUGUAUCAACAUAACAUGUAUUUCAGAGAGUGACCUUUUACGCACAAUACAAUUGACUUAAACACUCUGUCCAUUUAUAUAAAUUUUUUUUGUUGUUGUUUUUGCCCAAAUACUAUAACCAAGAGUAGUCAGCUAGUAGAAUUAGUAUAAUAUAGUGAUUGGUAAUGAGUUCUCAGCAGAUUUGUCAUUCAGUAGAUUACGACAUUUCUAAAAAAAAUAAUGGUGCUAUGAUGUCCCCUUGUUUUUUUUUGCGUUCAGUCCGAGGUUGUCCAAAGCACAAAUGUGGCCAAAGCGUGUUUGAAAUCGAAGAGAAACUGGUCAGAAUAUGUUAGAAAUAGUGUUAACAUGUUCUAUCACUUCUAGCCUUAAUCUAAACCUAUAAUCUCAACUUCAAACUUAAAUUCAUUUAACUAAGUUUAUCUGAAAGAAGCUUGAUGUGAGGAUUUCUUACAGCGGUUCUGUCUAGAAUCAGGGGUUAGAGCAGAAAAGGGCUGACUUUGAGUGGAUGUGAUCAUGCUUUUGAGUUCAUAGCUUAUUCACUGAGGCCAUAGCUGACAAACGCAACAAAUAAUCUAUUGGUGAUCGUCUUUUUAUAAAGCAUUUUAUAUACUUUUGCAAUUAUGACUUGUAAGUCAAUCUAUACUUGUGUCUUUGGUGUUGAAUCACAAAUAUUACUGUUUUCUGUCCUUGUCACUUCCAAUGUUGAAUGAUCUGUAAUGGUUUUCAAAGAGGCUAUGGUGUUGACGCUGCAGUCGUAUUGACUGAAAACCUUGUCUGAUGUCUUUUUGAAUCCUAAAAUGUGAUGCUAACAUGACAAAUGUGCUAAUCAGUUGGAUGAAAGCGUUUGCAGUAAGCGAUCGCUUUUAGUUUUGUUGUUCGUCUAUGUUUCUAGACCACCUUUUAUGCAGCAGAGGCAGUUUUGUAAUUGUGGCAUACAGGAUAAAGUGUGGUGCUUUUGCUUUUUUUUUUCAGUUGACUGUGAAUCCGAUGUAUUCCCUUGAUUUCUGUAGCUAGUACGGACAUGAAUCAAGGGGCCUUAUUCAAAUAGUGUCCAAUAAGACACAUGCCUUUUUCAUAUGGAUAACAUUCUUCAGAUAUCUUAGACUUUUUGUGUAUAUUACUGUGUAUUUUUGCAUCAUUUAUUUCCAAUGUACUUAUACCUUGUAUUGACUGGUAAAGAAAUAAACCAUUGUAAAUGCAAUACAUAA